AUGGGAGCCUCUACACAACUUGGUACCGGAAACGAACAGGCCGAGGAGUCGGGUCCUCCUCCAUAUUCAUUGGUUGACGACGGUGGUGGGCUCGUGGCAGAAUCAGGGAAUGUGCAAGCGGAUGGCCGUAUCCAUGUCAAUCUUGAGUCCAGGUUCGCGAGAACGCUGGCCAAAAUCAUCGACUUACAGCAGGAAGACAUCCACAAUCCACCCCCCGAGUAUAUUGAUCUUUCCAAGAAAGCCACGGAGUGUCCGUUCAAUCUCAAUAUUGUCAUUCAGAUCGUGGGAAGUCGUGGCGAUGUGCAGCCAUUCAUCGCACUCGGAAAUGCACUAAAGAAGUAUGGUCAUCGCGUCCGAAUUGCGACACACAACGUCUUCGAGGACUUCGUACACGAAUCAGGGCUGGAGUUCUAUCCUAUCGGCGGAGAUCCUGCAGAGUUGAUGGCAUUCAUGGUCAAAAACCCUGGAUUGAUACCACAAAUGAAAUCACUGCGUGAGGGGGAGGUGCAAAAAAAGCAGGCUAUGGUAGCGACAAUGCUUGAUGGUUGCUGGAGGUCUUGUAUUGAAGAUGACCCGAUCACUCAUGAGCCUUUCAUUGCAGAUGCUAUUAUUGCCAACCCACCUAGCUUUGCGCAUGUUCACUGUGCUCAGGCUUUGAGCAUUCCUGUUCAUUUAAUGUUUACGAUGCCGUGGAGCAGCACCAAGGCUUUUCCACACCCUCUGGCAAACUUAAAUUCUUCAUCUAUGGAUCUUCGGACCGCAAACAAGGUCUCAUAUGGGGUUGUAGAGUGGCUUACAUGGCAAGGGCUAGGAGAUGUGAUAAAUCGGUGGCGGCUCUCAAUAGACUUGGAGCCUAUUCCUACGACGGAAGGACCAUGUCUCGCUGAAGUACUAAAAGUACCUUACACUUAUUGUUGGUCUCCUGCUCUAGUGCCGAAACCCCAAGAUUGGCCAUCGCACAUCGAUGUGUGUGGCUUUUUCUUUAGGGAUCCCCCAUCAUAUAACCCGCCCAUCGAGCUGAAAGAAUUUCUGCAAGCAGGCCUGCCUCCUGUCUACAUCGGCUUCGGCAGUAUUGUGGUUGACAACCCCCAAAGGCUCAUAGAUACCGUUGUUCUUGCAGUCGUCAGGGCAGGUGUGCGUGCGAUUGUUUCGAAAGGCUGGAGUGGUCUACUUGGAAGUCCAAACCCAAACAUCUACUAUAUCGACGACUGUCCGCAUGAAUGGUUGUUCCAGCAUGUCGUCGCAGUUGUCCAUCAUGGAGGUGCUGGAACCACUGCGUGUGGUCUCAAAAAUGGAAAACCAACCGCGAUAAUACCCUUUUUUGGCGACCAACCUUUCUGGGGAAACAUGAUAGCUAGGGCCGGUGCAGGCCCCAAGCCCAUCCCAUAUGCAUCUCUCGAUUUUCAACAAUUGACUGCCGCAAUACAGUUUUGUCUCACGCCACAAGCCACUGUUGCUGCACAAAACGUUGCCCUCAAAAUGCGGAGUGAAUACGGCUUAAAAGCCGCUGUGGAGUCAUUCCAUAAACAUCUUCCGUUGAACAAAAUGCAGUGCAUGUUAAUGCCCAGCCAGAUUGCAGUCUGGAAAUAUAAAAAGGGCAAAAGGUCGAUCAGGAUAUCAAAGGCAGCGGUGCAACUCCUACUAGAGCAUCAAAAAGUUGAUGAAAAGAAUCUUCAGUUCCAUCUUGUCAAUCCAAUUAUCAUUGAGCACCGCCGCUGGGAUCCUAUAACUGGAAUAUUGGCUGCAACAACGACUACCGGAUCUAAUAUGCUACACUCAACGGCCGAUAUGAUUUACAAUCCCUACAAAGAAUACAAACGCGGUCGCUCUCCGAACCCGUCUACCAGAGGCUUGCCAUCCCCAGCCUUCCCCGGCAGCUCGCUCUCCCGAGAUCCUUCCUCGACCAGGAUGUCUCCCAGGGAAGGAGGAGACUCAUAUGAUCAUCUAUCACUCUUCGUUGGAUCUGAGCCCGGCCAAAGUAGAGCCGGACUUCUAGUUGCGGGAAGUAUGGUGGGAGCUACGAUGAAAGGCUUUGGCAAAUUCACGGGGUCAUAUUUCAAGGGGAUAGUGGUCGACAUACCCCAUGCUGCAGCAGAGGGAUUUCGCCAGGUCCCUCGUUUAUAUGGAGAGAAACCCAAAGAUUACGGCCCGAUCCAGGACUGGAAGUCUGGAGCUAUCUUUGGCGGCAAGAACUUCGUUGAUGGCAUGACCGAUGGCUUCACUGGCUUUGUCACACAGCCGAUCAAUGGAGCAAGAGAGGAAGGGGCUUUGGGAGCGGUUAAAGGAUUUGCCAAGGGAACAAUUGGUCUUGCUACCAAGGUUCCGUCAGAAGCGGCGUUUCGGUCAAAAGCACGAAAGGCAGUCGUAAAUGCACGGCUGAAGAAUGGACAUUUUGAAAUUAGCAGGAUGCAUAUGACUGAUGAAGAGCGCCAUGAGGUUUUGCAGAAGUUUGAUAGACUUUUGUGGGCCUCGGAUAGCUAG